UUUGAAGCUCGAGAUGAAGCUGGUGAUGGCGACAAUGAUGUUGAAUAUCGGUUAAUUAAUACUGAACUAUUACGGUUUAAUUUUGAAGCAAGCGAAGCAUUUACGGUAGAUGCGACUAGUGGAGUGGUGCAAACAGCUUUAAAGCAUUAUAAACGCGGAGAGACGUACCGGAUCUUCGUGCAAGCUCGAGACCGAACACCAACUGACCCCGAGGUUUCUCAGGAUAGCGAAGUUGCUGUAUUAGAAGUAUACGCUGGUGAUCGAGCUCCACAGUUUGUUGAACAGCACUAUACAGCUUAUGUACCAGAAGAUUUAGAAGUUGAUUCUAGCAUCAUGGAUGUAAAGGCCAAACGUUUCAAAUCGGUUAAUAAACAUCAUAAUAAAGGAGAGAUAACCUAUCACUUGUAUUUAAAUACGAAUUCCGUGGAACGUGAACUAUCUCCAUACUUUUCAAUUGAUGCCAAAUAUGGCUUAGUGCGGUUGAAAAAGUCACUUGAUUACGAUGAUGAGACACAGCUAAAACAUCAUCAACUUAUAGGUCUUUCUUGGCUAUUUUUUAUUUUAUUUUUAAAUUUAAACAAUGGAUAUUAA